AUGAUUUCUUCAAAUACCCGCGCCACACGAUCCCGUUAUUCGAGUCCGGCGCAAUCGCAAAAUACUAAAUGGAAUGGGGUCCUCGACGCGUCUAAGGGGGCGACGGAGAGCUCAAGGGCAUUUAUGCAGCGCUGGCUAGAGCCGAGCGUGCAGAGCAAGGCGAGCUUCGAAGAUGACGGGCUGGUGCGCUACGGCGUGGUUGAGAAUAUGGCUCCUUUGGGAAGUCUGCCAAAACCCAAGAAGACGGGACCCGAAACAAGUUCUGGCGUUAAAAGGAUUAUAUUGAGGCCGUCAGGGGCAGGUGCUGCCAAAAACUCGGCGCAUGUCGCCGCGACUGACCCUGUUGUGGAUGUUGACGUGGACGCGGAUGCGGAGGCGCAUGUGGAUGUUGCGAUUACGGCGAGAGCGGCAGAUUCUUCCCCUCCACCCGUCACCUUGCCCCCUACACCGCCACGGAGGGUAUCUAUCGUUCUCAAAGACGCAGCAGCAGCAGCAGACGACGAGGACGACGAAGAUUACGAUCCCAGUCGCCCAAAACGACGUCAGUCUGGCCGUGCAUCCCUGGGAAAACGGACGCGACGCUCUUCGGCCGGUCGCAGGAGCUCUACUGUGACUAAGCCGACGGCCAAGGGGUCAAAGGAGCGCAGAGGAUCUGAGAAAGAGAUCAAGGCAGCAGUGACGGUAGCUGCAACAGCAGCCGAAGCGGGAGCCACAAAAGUCAUCCAGGAUUCCGAGCAAGAGGACGAAGAAGACGAGGCAGACACAAUCCCAACAGAGGCGACAAUUCACGCAGCUGAACCUGUGGAACCCGAAGACAAAGAAUUCGCAGACAAGGUUGUUGAAGCUGCAGUGGACGAAGCUCUCAAACAUUACCGAUAUCCGACCGCGUGGGCGCUGCGGACCCUCUACGACGAAAAAUCAAGUGACCCUCAGUUCGUUGCCAUGAUUGAAGACGUCUUCACCCAAACAGCGGAUGAGGCUACGAUGCGCAAAUUUUCCAAGCAAAUGGAAAAGAAGAAGCGAGAAGGCAAGAAGGAUAACCAAGGAUGCUAUUACUUUAUUCCUCCAACCACCAACAGCAGAUUUACUCCCCACAAACCCAAGGCAGCACCGUAUAGCAAGCUGCUGCUUCACAAUCAAGUAGAGGAGGUGGUUGAGGUGGCAGACAUUGAGACAGAGGAAGAAGAAGAGGAAGAGGAGGAGGAAGCAGAGGAACAGUUUGUCGAUGAAGAGGAGGAAAAAGAACAGGGAAGCAAUCAACAACCACCAGCUCGAGCCGCCAAGAGGGCAAAGACAUCACAUUCUCGCACUCACUCUUCUUCUCACUCAUCCAAGACCCAGACUCAAAUUCAAAACCAAACCCAAGCCCAAACCCAGGCUCAGGCAACCCGCAACACACCACGAAAAAUGUCCUUCGAUAACCCACCCCAAACGCCCUCGCGCAAGCGAAACAGGCGAGAUUCGGCCUCGAGCGACUCAUCUCUCUCGUCAGCUCUCAGCCUGUCGUCGCCUGAGGCCAUCAUGGGUAGCCCCAGCCCGGUUCGUCGAGGGGGUACCGGUCGCCCUGGACCCGACUCCAGUGAUGCGCCAAAACCUCGGCCAAUCACCACCCGCCGCAAAUCAGUCGCCUCCAAGACAGGUACCACUACCAGUAACAAGUCCAAGCCUAAGACCAAGGCCAGUACCAAGACCAACAAGUCUACUAAGCAGCAACCAUCAUCACCCACCAUUCCCAUCUCAAACACCAGCACUCACAUUGACGCUGAUGCACCACCCGCAAGUGCGACCAUCAGCGUGAGUGCCGACGCCAGUAUGCCGGGACGAGUUCCUGCUGCACAAAUCUUUCCCAAUCUACCUACCAAGUCAAAGACAGGAAAGAACAAGGCAUCAUCUGCCCCUGCGGAUGACACUCUCGCCAGUCAUGAUAAAGACGAGUCAUUUUGGGACAGAAGACGCGAUGCGCAAAAGUUUGCCAACAGUGUUACGGCCCAGGAAAGCUCUGUUCGAGGAGCAGAGGUCGACGAGGAGCUUUUCACAACUCCCGCAAAGUCGACAAGGAAGACGCGUCAAUCCGCCGCUGCCUCUACGGCGACGACAAGAUCUACACGGUCAGCUAGCAAGAGACCUCAUGAUGAGAUCGACACUGCCGUGUCUCCUGUUGCGUGGUCUUUCCAGCGCGAUGAGAGGGACAGCUCAGCCGGAGGAUCACGGGCUGCGACGCCCACGCUACGCCCCCCAAAGAAGCCGAGAACUGGCCUUCGUGUCAAGUCAUCUCCCAUCAAAAAGAGAGGAGGAGGAACUGCUGCUGGAGUACCUCGGCCGCUGGGAGAAACCCCUACAACGAACGGCAUAGCCAAAGAUCAGGUAUCGGAUAAUGACGAAGAUUGCUCUGCCUGCGGUGCUGCUGGAGACGUCGUUUGCUGCGAUGGAUGCCCACGGUCAUUCCACUUUGAAUGCGUGGGAAUGAUACCCUCAGAUCAUCUCCCCGAUGAAUGGUUUUGCAAUGAGUGCUUGUAUAAGCGAUACCCCUCGCGCAUGCCUGCUUUCAAGGGUGUCUUUGCAGCUGCUCUUACCAAUCUGGAGAAGAGCAUUCCUCGUGCCUUCAGCCUCCCUAAGAAAUUACAGACCCGCUUUGAGGGCGUCAAAGCUGCAACUGAUGGCGAUUAUGAAGAAGUUAUUACUUCAAAGACGACCAAGAAGAAGAAUGGCUAUGAAGAAUUGCCAGACUUUUUCAAGCAGCGUGAUGAAGGGCAAGCAGUGAUCUGUCAUGGCUGCCAAAAGCCCGCUACGGAUGUGCGAGCCAUCAUUCCGUGCAGCGUCUGUCUAUUCUACUGGCAUAUCGACUGCUUGGACCCUCCUCUUGCUGUUCCGCCUGUACUCAAGAAUUGGCGGUGUCCUUUACACCCUGAAGAGAUCAUGGCCGAUGUCCGUCCACUUGCACCAGCUCACCGUUUCCGAAAAAUCAAAGGUGCCCAGACUAUUGUACCAGCUUUCUCGCGAGGCAUCAAGAACAACGGGCAUAUUGAGGUGGAUUGGAGCGACGAGUCUGAUAUUGAAUCUACAAACAAUUCCGGCUGGCCAGAUCCCGACUCAUUCGGCCGAGCCUACAAGCUACCAGCUAAGGGCAUCGUGCUUGAUUUUAUUGAGCAAUUACGUCGCCAAGAUGCUGGUUACGGCCCCAGGCGUGAUGAAUCUCGAUGGGUAUCUACUUUUCCCGCUGGGAGAGAUCCAAACAGACCUCUUGCAGGUUCUGAAUUGCAGCGAAGCGUGGACGAAAUGCAACUGGCUUUAACUUUGACCAGUCUCAAGGAGCGCAAAUCAGACGGCGUUGACUACUUGGUUACGGCCCUACUGGAUGCCGCUGAUCCUAGCGUCUUAUCUCUCAUGACAAAAACAGAUGCCAGCAACAUUUCGACUGGCCACUUAACAGAUAACGACAAGCUUAGUCUGCGUGCUCUUCUUACUCAGAUGGACGCCAUGGGAAGUCGUAUUCGACAGCUUCUUGGUGAGCCCGAUGGUGUCUCUGCUUCCAUGCUCGAAGAAGAUGUCAUACCAAGUAUUCUGUCUCCCCAAGACUCGGCCAUUGCUGAGCCACUUGACAAGGUUACGGCACUUCCAGUUACCGAGCCCACUCCUCCAUCCACUAUUGAUCACGCCGAAGGCGCCAUGGAACUUGACUAA